UCUAGUGUUAUGUGCUCAUACCUCUAUCACAAGUGCGGAAUUUCAUAUAGGAAGGAGAAGUUGCUUCACAGAUGUUCACUGGCCAUUAGCACUCUUGUGGAUUCUCAGUGAAUCUAUUAUAUAUGUGUCCGGGCAGGUGCCGACUGCAGUGAUCACUGGACUUAUAGUUGUUUAUCGGAUUACUCAGAGACCCCUAUCGUCUGGCAGCAUAAGAUGGCUUUGGGUUCAACAUACCAACACAAACUGGCUGAAAAGCUCAUGAUACUAAAUGAAAGAGGCAAAGGAGUACUGAUCCGUAUCUAUAACAUUAAAAAGACAUGCUCAGAUGCCAAGACAAAACCUCCAUUUUUCACAGAUAAAUCAAUGGAAUCUUCUAUAAAAUACAUCAGCAAGAAGUUUCCAAACAUUGAUGUUCGCAGCAGCACGCAACAUCUUGGACCGGUGCACAAAGAUAAAGUUGAGAUUGUGAAAUACUUGACUGGUUAUUAUGUGACAUUUUUGGAUGUGAUGGAAUUUAGGGACCAUGUAUAUGAGAUGCUGAAUACAAUGGAUGCUUGCCAGUGUUAUUUUGACAUCAAUAUAAAUUACAUCUUUACAAAGAAUUAUCUAGACCUGAUAGUGACAUACUUCUCUGUAAUUCUUCUAAUGUCUCGGAUUGAAGACAGAAAAACACUUAUUGCUCUAUACAACUGUGCUUUUGAAAUGCUACAAGGCCAAAGUGACCCAUCAUAUGCCCGUCUUGGUCAGAUGUUAGUGGAGUAUGAUAACCCCCUGAGGAAGCUGAGUGAGGAGUUUGGACCUCAUACUAAGACGGUUACUGAUGCCUUGAUGUCCCUGCACUUCUUAUUCUGUCGGAGGUCUCAGUCAGCAGAGCAGUGGAGAGGGGCCCAGCUGUUAAGCCUCCUCAGCAAUCCUGCAGCAAUGAUUUCUCCAUGUACUUCAGACACUAUGCCUUGUGAAUAUUUGUCUGUUGAGACAAUGGAACGAUGGAUCCUGAUUGGAUUUCUGCUGUCACACAGUGCACUGAAUUCACACCAGGCAAGCUUAGAGCUUUGGAAAUUGGCACUUCAGGGUUCCCACUGUAUCACACUGAUCCGUGAUGACAUUCUGCUAAUACACCGCGUUGCUGAGGAUUUAUUUGGGAGCAUAAAAGGGUAUAGCAAACGAGUAGCGGAUGUGAAGGAAUGCAAAGAACAUUUCAUGACACACAGUGGCCAAUUUCACCGUGCAAGACGUAUGUUCCUUAGAAUUGCUGUGAAGGAACUGGAGACUAUUUUAGCUGAGGAACCAGGCCUCUUGGGUCCCAAGGCUCUGUUUGCAUUUAUGGCUUUAUCCUUUUGUCGUGAUGAAAUUAACUGGCUGGUACGCCAUGCUGAGAAUGUCACCAAAACCAAGACCCCAGAAGACUACAUAGAUGUACAUAUAGCUCAGUUGAUGUUUGUGAUUGAAGAGCUCCGGGUACUGCUGAGGAAGAAUCUGCCUAUCAUUCAGCGUUAUCAUCUACAGUACCUGGCGAAAUUUGAUGCUUUGGUCCUCAGUGACAUUAUACAGAAUCUGACAGUUUGCCCAGAAGAAGAAUCUGUGAUCAUGUCAUCAUUUGUAAACACAUUGUCUUCUCUGAAGUUAAAGCAAGUUGAAGACAAGAAGCCAUUUGAUUUUGGAGCUUUAAGACUUGACUGGUUCCGGCUGCAGGCUUACACCAGUGUAGCAAAGGCCCCACUGUCUCUUCGUGAAAAUCAAGACCUCGGCAAAGUGAUGAAUCUGAUACUGUUUCACACCUGGAUGCUGGAUUCUGUGGAGGAGCUGAUUACGGAGACCUCUGACCUAUCCAUCUUCUGUUUUCAUGUGCGCACAUUUGAGAAGAUGUUCCUAUUAACAAUGGAAGAGCCGUCAGCUGUGCGUUUCUCCAUUUCCUUUCCAUUGGUGUGUGCUCACUUCUUAAAUAGCACUCAUGAAAUGUGCCCAGAGGAGGUGCCUCAUCUGCUGAAUUGCAGCCUUGGGCUGUGUAACAGCUUUCUCGAUGAAAUUAGCAAGCAGGCCAGUAACUGUAUCAUAGACAUCUGUGCUGAGCAAAGUAACCUCAGUGAAAAGUUGCUACCAAAACAUUGUGCAGCAACCAUCACCAAAGCCAGAAACAAGAGACUGAAAAAAACACCACCUAAGAAAGCAGAGCCGGAAAGAGAAAAACCAGGGACCGAAAGUCAACGGAAAGAUCGCAGUGUAACAACAAACAUGGACAAGCUUCACCUUACACUCUGUGAACUCUGCAUGUCUUUAAAUCAUGUGCAGAAAAUCAUGAUAUUUGACCAUGUGGUAACGCCAAUUGAGUACCUGAGCUCAAACAUAGAGAACAAAUUUGGCCGAGCCUUGGUUUCUUUGGUGAACUGGAAGCCAAAUACUCGGGAGAUCCAGCGUCCUUCAGAAGUCCUGAGCGCAAUGCGGUCUUUUCUCAGCACUCUGCAGUCCAUUGCUCACCUCGUAAAUAUUGAUGUCACCCGUGCUAUUCGGAAUACCCUUCUGCAACAAACACAGGCAAUGGAUGCAAAUGGGGAGCAGACCAUUACUGCAAUCUAUACCAACUGGUACUUGGAGUGUCUUCUUCGUCAGGCUAGUGCGGGGCUAGUCUUGUAUUCUCCAACAAUGAAGUGCUUCGUUGAUAUACCGACAGAGAUGAGUGGGGAGCAAGGACUCAAUGCAGAUGAAUACACGGAUGCCUCAGAGAUAAAGGCUUUAGCUGAGAUGCUUGGUCCGUAUGGGAUGAAGUUUCUGAGUGAGAACCUUAUGUGGCAUGUGACAUCUCAAAUUGUAGAGUUAAAGAAACUUGUUGUGGAGAACAUGGACACAUUAGUACAAAUCAGAUCCAACUUCAGCAAUGUUCAGCUGAUGCCAUCUCUACUAGCCAAGCUGAAUUCUCCAGAAAGCUUGCUGAAAAGAAUGACCAUUAUUGGAGUCAUUUUGUCCUUCCGUUCUCUGGCUUUGGAUGGCCUUAGAGAGGUUUUCACCAACCACUGUCCUUUCAUUAUGGGUCCAAUUGAAUUCCUUAAGGACUGUGUUACUCCUGAUCUUGACAUUCAGGUCACUCUCAGUAUAUUUGAGUUGGCAACCUCAGCCGGUAUCCCAUGUGAUGUUGAUCCCAGUCUGGUGGCAGCUCUGUCAAACAUGAAAACAGAAAGCUCAUCGCUGGAGGAAGAAUACAAGUUGGCCUGUCUUCUUCAAGUGUUUAUAGCCGUCUCCCUCCCACUCCUAGCUGCUGAUUCCCUUUCGGUUUACAACAUUCAGAAUGAUGGUUAUAAUAACAAUAUUCAUUGUCUGGCCAAGUCUAUCAUUCAAGUAUCUGCUGCCUUUUUUACUAUCUACCACAAGAACAUAGAGACCCAUCUCAAGGAAUUCCUACUGAUGGCAUCAGGGAGCCUGCUGCACCUCGGGGAAGAAACAGACAAACUAAAAGCCAGGAACCGAGAGUCUGUUUUACUUCUCCUUCAUCUUAUUGUAGAGGAGUCUUCGUUCCUCACUGUAGACAUGCUGGAAUCCUGCUUUCCUUACGUGUUGCUCCGGAACGCCUAUCAUGAAGUCCACCGAACCUCGCGUGCCAUCAUGUCUUCCUGAUUAAUUUAAAUUUGUGUGCCUCUUAUUAUAUAUAUAUGCUUACAAGAGGUGUCCACCAUAGAGUUUUCAAGCUUGUAGGACCAUCAGUGCUCAUCAAUGAUCAGUAAUGCUAUAGGACAAUGUUUUUAUUUUACACAGUGUGCAGAAUAAUGUUAUCAUUUUCAAAUAACUCCUGCUGUGAGAUUUUUUUAUACAUUACUUUUAAUAAUAAAGUAACCAAGCUAACGUUUUCAGAGAGCGAAGGCAACAUCAUAACAACAGAAUAAAACACAAAGGAUUCUGCUGCCAAUUAUUGUUGCCUGCAGCCAGCGUAAAUCACAUACUGCAUCGCUUUUAAAAUGUCAAAGUUGUCAUUGUUUUUCUGUCUGCUCAUUUGUUUUUCUGGACACUUCACUGAAAUCUAAUACACAAAGUUACAUGUAUAAAACGAUAUAAAUUGUACUAGCUGAGCAAAGGUACUUCUAAGAUCAAUGGAUUGAUGAAUUGUAAAGCGGCAUUAUUAUUUGUUUUUGCUGUUUUGUAAUCUGUUUGCAUACAUCUGCUCUGCAGAUAAGUUGAAGUGAACUUGUCACAUUGAACAUGCAA